CCCACAUACGUUCACACACAUCCAAAAAGACAGCCUGAAUGGGUGAAGUGCCAAGUCUGAAAUACGGAGGUGAUUUAAAAGACUGUUAGAAGAUGGAGGAUGGCACACAGGAGGAGGAUAGCUGCAGCAUUUACCCGGUGGUGCUGCCAAGCGGAACGGAAAUCCGAGAUCGGGUGCAGCGCUUUGUGGAGGACCAGAUGCAGACCACUAUGUGGACCGGUGCUCUAAUUGGUGCAGCAGUGGUCACCUCCUUUAUCGCCAUCAUCGUGUGUUUACUGUACAGAAGACGAAAGGCCCAGGAAGCGCAAGCAGGGACGCCGCAUUAUCGCUUCAGGAAAAGAGACAAAGUGCUUUUCUAUGGCCGUAAAAUUAUGAGACAAGUACAGACUCUAUCCUCUCCCCCCGCCAAUGGUCCAGUGUCCCGGCAGCGCACUCGCAAGAGAACUAAAGUCCUCUCGAUAGCACGCAAAAUCCUACGCAUCCGCAAUCCUGCCCCCACCCUACAGCCCAGAGAGCCCCCUCCCUCGGUGCUGGAGGCUGACCUCACCGAGUUCGACGUCCAGAACUCUCACCUGCCCUCCGAGGUCCUGUACAUGCUCAAAAACGUCAGGCUUCUGGGUCACUUUGAGAAGCCUCUGUUCCUGGAGCUGUGCCGACACAUGGUGUUCGUGGAGCUGCAGCAGGGGGAGGUCCUCUUCCGGCCCGGCGACAUGGACGACAGCAUCUACGUGGUGCAGAGCGGACGCCUGGAGCUGCGCAUCCACGAGAGCGAUGGCACAGAUCCUGUGGUGAAGGUGGUCCUGCAAGGAGACAGCGUCCACAGCCUGCUUAGUCUCCUAGAUGUCAUCACUGGCCAUCCGGCCCCUUACAAAACAGUGUCAGCCCGAGCUGCUACCCCCUCCACCAUCUUGCGCUUGCCUGCAUCCGCCUUCAUCUCUGUCUUUGAGAAAUACCCAGAUACUCUUGUUCGCGUCGUACAGAUCAUCAUGGUGCGUCUGCAGAGGGUGACGUUCCUGGCUCUGCACAACUACCUGGGCCUGACCACUGAGCUCUUCAACCCAGAGAGCCAGGCCAUCCCGCUGGAGUCCGUGGCCAGUGUGCUGGGAGAGUCCAGCCUGCGCAGACAAUCGCUGACCCUUAGCGCAGAGGACAUAGCCCUGAGGGAGAGGGGGGUCACCAAGCCCACUGACCAGCAGAGUGACACAGAGAGUGGAAAACCUGCGCCGUCAGACAGCCCAUCUUCUAUUUUCAGGAAGUCCCGCUCUCUCUCCACUCCCGCAGAAAACUCCAACCCAGAAGAUUCAGCAUCUGAGAUCAACAAAGCGCCUGAACGGUCCAUAAUGAAGGAGAUUCAUUCUGCAAGUUCUGUCCCUAACAAGUCCAUCCGGAAGAAGAGUGGACCCUGCAGUCCAUGCCCUCGGCCGUGUUCCACUACACCUCGAGCUCCUCUCACGUCCACAAAAGACCUGCUCAAGGUCAUCCAACUCCAGGACCCCAGCUUGCUGGAGGGAAGGGUGUCCAUGAGGCAAGUCAAAGCAGGCACUGUGCUGGCCAGCCAAGGGGAGCAGGACGUCAGCGUGCUGUUCAUCAUCUCGGGGGCGCUGCAUGUGUACCAGCACAUGAUCGACCGCGAGGAGGAUAGCUGCCUGUUCGUGGCGCACCCUGGGGAACUGGUCGGCCACCUGUCCGUGCUCACCGGCGAGCCGCUCAUCUUCUCCGUGCGAGCCAACCGCGACUGCAGCUUCCUCAGCAUAUCUAAGGCCCACUUCUACGAGAUCAUGCGUGCUGAGCCCAGAAUGGUGACGAACGUUGCCCACAUAGUGGUGCGCAGGGUCUCCCCCUUCGUGCGGCAGAUUGACUUCGCCCUGGACUGGAUGGCCGUGGAGGCCGGCAGGGCGGUCUACAGACAGGGGGAUGAGUCAGACAGCACGUUUAUUGUUCUGAGUGGGCGUCUGCGCUCCGUCAUCAUGAAGGAUGAUGGGAAGAAGGAGCUGGCUGGAGAGUACGGCCGCGGUGACCUCAUUGGGGUGGUGGAGGCGCUCACGCACCAGAAGCGGGCCACCACGGUUCACGCCGUCAGAGACUCGGAGCUGGCCAAGCUGCCUGAGGGGGCGCUCAACUCCAUCAAGAGGAUCUACCCACAGGUGGUGACUCGUCUCAUUCACCUGCUGGGCAAGAAGAUCCUGGGGAAUAUGCAGCAGGGCAACGGACCCCUGACAGCUCACGGCGCGGGCCUCCAAACUCCGGCCAGUAAAUGGGACGCAGGGAACCCGGCUUCCAACCUGUCCACCGUCACCAUCCUGCCUGCGUCCGACGAGGUGCCCCUGACCACCUUCACCCUCGAGCUCCAGCACGCCCUCCAGGCCAUAGGUCCCACUCUACUCCUCACCAGUGACACCAUCAGACAGCAGCUGGGUGCAGCAGCACUGGACAGUGUGCAUGAGUAUCGGCUGUCCAGCUGGCUGGGUCAGCAGGAGGACCUCCACCGCAUCGUGCUCUACCAGACGGACACCGGCCUGACGCCCUGGACCCAGCGAUGCCUCCGCCAGGCCGACAGCAUCCUCAUCGUGGGCCUGGGAGAGGGGGAGCCCACCGUGGGAGAGCUGGAGCGGAUGCUGGAGGGCAGUGCGGUGCGAGCCCAGAAGCAGCUGGUGCUGCUGCACCGUGAGGACGGGCCUGCGCCCACGGGCACUGUGGAGUGGCUCAACAUGAGGAGCUGGAUCUCCAGACACCAGCACCUCGUCUGCCCACGCCGCGUCUUCUCCAAGAGGAGCCUGCCCAAACUGCGAGAGCUGUACCAGAGAGUGUUCCAGAAGCCGGCCGACCCCCACUCGGACUUCUCCCGGCUGGCGAGGGUUCUGACGGGCAACGCCAUCGCCCUGGUGCUGGGCGGCGGAGGUGCCAGGUACUGUACUCUUACCCCCCUUCGGGGCGCUGGCCUUUUCCCUGCCGUCCCUGGCACUGCCACACACGUAGGCUCACCGCUGCAGGGAAGCCGUGCCAGUCUCAGCGAGGGUCGUGAGAUGAGUGUGCC